AUGUUUGGCUUUUUCGUGUCUCCGCCCUGCUUGCUCAAGUCUAUCCAAGCGAUAGCUGUCGGCACACUAGGCAGGCAAGGUGGAGAGGAAGAGCGAAAAGAGCGAAAGGCAGACCGCUCAGGAGAGACCACGACACCCAUGCAUCGCAAGGAAGACGAGAAACCCUCGGAGGAAUUCUGGGAGCACUUCUUCCGUGAAGAGAAUUUCCAAGGCAAAACUCUCGGAGACUUCCUGAACGAAGCGUCUCCCUCUCCGACCGCUGUGAAAAAGAGAGAGGCAUGGUUCGACGUUCCCCAUCGGGAGCUUUUCUACAAAGAAGAGGACCUCCGCUGCUUCCGCACGAACGGCACCUACAUCGGAGACGACUGUGACCCGGAUGAUUUGGAGGAAGAGGCCGCUGGAACCGAACAAGAACCGGACCAAGAAUCAGAACCACCGGCAGUGUCUGUUUCGUCCUCCGCGGAUGAUGCCAUUCGCGUUCCACGCAGGAAAGAGGUGGAACACACGGAGUGCCAGGAAGAGGGAGAGUGGGAGGAGGAGGAGGGGGGGGGGCGGUUGCCGGGUACGGGCUCGACGGGGUGUAGACCCGCGCAGACGCCUGAAGAGUUGUGCCUCGGAGCCGCAGCUUUCGCUGCCGCUUCCGCUGCUUACGGUAGGCCUUCUUCUUCGGCAUCUACGCCUGUGGCCCCCGGUGGGCUUGCGUUGCCGUCCGAGGGCGGUGGCGGUACCAACGGUUCUUCCGAAGGAUCCGGGAAGCUUCCUUUGGAAGGAAAUGCAGGGAAAACUCGUUCUUCUGGACGUUCUCGGAGUUCCAACGCUGCCGCUAGCAGCGGCGGAAGUGGCAACGGCAGCGGCAGCGGCAGCAAGAAAGACCGCCCGACGGGCAGCAGCAGGAAUGUCAACAAGAGCGAAGGGCAUGGCGGACUGAAGCAGCACCAGAAGCAGCGUCACGAACGAGUGGGAGGGAAGAGGCAACGGAGCGCGGCGACGGGCGAUGGUGGGCUAACGGAGGCUUCGGUUGGCGAUUCCAGUGGGGACGAUCCGCGGAAGAGAAGGAGGGCGGCAGGCGGCGUCUUGGCACCGACGAGCAGUUCUCUCGGCAGAGCUGCGUCAACAAAGUAUGUCCUGGGUGAAAUCGGUGUCGCCAACAACAAAGACCCGAUGCACAGGAAGCUUCUUGAGUUCCGCCAGAAGAAGUCCACCACGGCGACCGCCGUCCCGGGGGCAGGCACCAGCAAGGCGCCAACCAAGGGUAAGGGGGAAGUAUCCAAGACGACAUCUGUCCACACUGUAGCGGCCAUACAGGCAAAGUCGGCACGUGGACGGCCUGCCUCAACUCGAGGCAGGACUAGUGCCGCCUCGGCCCACGCGGAUGCCGCGCCAAGAGCUGCGGUUCGGGGUUCACGAUCGGCGUCUUUGAGGGGCUCGGUGGCCUCGGCGGCGGGGGCACCGGCGAGGGGGAUGGCAGGGACGGCCAAUUCCACCCCACGUGGUGUAAGCUUAGGCGUGAGCAGCGCUUCCAUCGCCGGAAAGGCAGAGGCGGAGCACAAGAAAAGCGUCUUCUCGUCUGCGAACGUUCCCAGGAGCAAUCCCAAGACGGUGUCGAAGCCGGUGACUACGGUGAAGCGCAGCGUCAGCGGCACAGGCGGUGGUGUUGGAGGGCCGAAGAGUGCGAGAGAGCGGUCGACCGAUGUGAAGCGGAAGGGGCCGACAGUGCUGUCAAGCAACGUGACCGACCGAACGAAAAGGCGGCCUUGCGGAAAGAAUAAUAUUGACAAAGACGACUCAGCGGCAUUGAGCUUUGACGAGGAUCUUAAGGCCAAGCUGGCGGCGCACAACAGGGGGGUGACGAAGGGCAGACACACGUACGAGCCCUCCAAGGGACGAGUGAAGGACUGGAAGAAGUGGGAGAGCAAGACCGGCAAGAAGUACUAUUCCCUCAACCCCGACGAAAAGGCCGACGCCAACAGAGAGAUACUCGCCAUGCUCGCGGCGGAGAAAGACGGAUAGUUUCCCUGGCAGGGCCAUGCUCGCAGCCAAGAAGGAUAGCGCUUAUUUAUAAAUUUGAGACCUUCCCCAGCAGGUAUACAGAGAGAUAUCGUUGCAGCUUGUGGUACUUGUAGUCCAGCCCUCGUAACCCGUGUUGCCCUGGUCCUGGUCGACAGAUGCUCGCCGAACUUUGAAGACUAAUUGUUUUAAGGCCGGGUAGUAGUGGCCUUUCCAAAGCAGCUACCACUCGGAGCUGAACACGGGCCGAGGGCUUGAUUUCAGAUGUUCUGCUUAUAGUACGAGGGUUGCCUCAGGGCAAAAGAGUACGUCGGCAUUGAGAGCAACGCAACAGGUCAAGGAGUUGAUUCGAUACGAAUACGAGCUAUGGGAUAAGCAGACUCCAUCGGCAGAGUAAAAAGGACCGGGAUCUACAGCACCCGUCGAAGCCAGUGUACACUCGGUGGCGCCUAGUCUCGACUGCUAUCGAAUUGUGUUGUGGCUUAGUGAAUAGAUUGGAUGUUCGGGCUUCAAUUAAACUUUUGUUGUGAACAUGAAACGAUACGUUGA